GUUCUCUUGCAUGGGAAUAUUUUAAUAUCAGAUACUCUCCGCCCGAGGUUUGAAAUGAAUGUGUCAGUGUGGGUGGUGAUGAUGAUGUGUUCUCUUACGGUCGAUAAGAAAAUUAUGUAAAGUACCUAUAUAAAUGGAACUGUUUGCUAAUUCAAAAAGAUGGAAAUCUAAUGGUGACAUAUCCAGAAAGGAAGACUUAUCGUGCAUUAGUAAUAGCUCGAUAUCAAAACGUAAACAUAAAGUGCCAUUAAUGGGUAAAACCGUCUUAUUAGCCAAACAUGCGAAUAUUACUGUUAUGCAGCAUGUUAACGAGUCGGAGAUAAUUACCAAAUUAGUGUUAGAAAAAUUUAAGAACAUUUUAGAUCGUCACCGGCAACGCAGUGAGCUUCGGGCUAAACAUCGCGUGCAAACUAAAUUUGAUGAAGAACUGAUGGAAGAACAAGAAGUCGAAGAUUCUCCCAACGUUACCUUAACUCGGGACGAGCCAAUUAUAGUGGUGGAAAGCGCACCAGCUUCCGAAAAAUCCUCGUCGGACGAUGACGCGGAAGCGCCGGAAGAAAAAGCCGAAUACGACGUUCAACAAUUUUUAUUCGACGCCUUAGGGGGAGAGCUGCAUAAUUAUCCCAGUAACUCUGAAGUUCAAAGUGACCUUCACAAUUACAAUUAUAACGACGACUUCAGCAUAGGAACUUCAAACAUAUCUACAUUAUUAUCUAAAUCCAACAGUUCAUAUAGCCACUUCUCGAGAAAAAUGCGCCGCUGUAACACUUACGCUUCUUCGACCAUGUACGACAAGGUGACAAUUGACGAUGAUUCCAUACAUCCUGAGGAUAGCAAAGCAGCACAAUAUAUAAGCGAGGCCGCUAGACAGCAUCACAUAAUCAUCCAGGCAUCAAAAGCUCUAAAUUUGUGCCUCAGUUGCAAGGAAUUCAAAGCGAGUACUGAAUAUGCAGAGGCAGAAAGGAUACUUCUAUUGGCCAUUGAAAAGAGAGAAGCUGUGCUGAGAGAACUGAAAAUGGUGGAAUACGAAGACCUAACUGAAGACUGUUACAGUGUCGGCCAUGUCAAAAUUGGUAAUUUACUGUUUCACCCCAUCCGGACAGGUAAUUUAAAAACGAAAUUGAUAACACAAUGCUUCUUUGCGAUUGCAAGUUGUGGUCCACACGUCCUAGCUACGGAAAUAGCCAAACUGGAUGACCAAAAUCGGAUAAACUUCAAUAAGUGCUUUAUGUUUGACUCUCUACCAUCAGAUUUUGAAAUAAUAAUCAAGUUGUAUUAUUUAAAUAUUCUGAAUGCUAAGCGAUUAGCAAAGACGGAUACAACUAUGUGCCCAUCCCCGAAUCACAUACUCGGGUUUUACAAGAAGUCUGAGACCAGAAGUAGGAGGCUCUACAGUUAUGAACGCCGGGAACCUUCCUUUAAUUUAUACGGCGCAGCUAAAGUUGUUAUUUCGGACUUGGCACAGUGUACCUUCAACUUGACGAACUGUAAUGAAUCACUGGGUAGCGUUGAUUUACAAAUCACCAGUUCAAUAGAACUUUCCUUGACGCACAAGGGAUUUCUAACUAUAGGUUCAGAAGCUGGCGGGCUGGCUGUGUGGAAUAGGCGCUGGUGUUUGUUAGACGGUAGUGUAUUAAAGUACUGGAAUUAUCCUCAAGACAGUGACUUUAGUGAACCGGUUAAUACCAUUGAUCUGAGCUACUGUGUUAUUUCUUCUAUUUCGAGAGCCAAUCGCGAAUUAUGCGCCAGGCCUCGGACACUAGUCAUAGAAACUGGACGACCAUCAAAUUCUGAUGCAACCCCUUACACCAUAACGAGGCAUUAUCUAUCUGCAGAUAGCGUUGAAGAGAUGGAAACGUGGGAAAGACUUUUAAAUUACGUUUUAUCGUCCCUUAGAAACUGGAAUUGCAUGAAUUUCCAGUUGAACUGUAAAAGUGAAAUGUUUUAGCAAGUUUUAUUGGACCAUGCGACGUAUGACGACACAUGUUUUUUAAAAGUUUUUAUUAAAGAAUAUAUUUUACAUGUUAAAAACUUGCAUUAUGCGGUAGACUUUCUGUUACUUCUUCUUCAUUGUCUUUUCUUUCUUUCCAUUUCUCUUAUUCUUUGUUAAACACAGGUGAAGUUUAUAGA